CUCAUCUUUUUUUAAAAGUAAAACAAUUGAUCAAAUCUUCCGAGCUUUGGAUUAGGCUGCGUGACAGGAAAUUUCCCUGCCUUCAACUUUUCAUGAAUCUCAUGAUGUCUUUUAUGAAAGAAAAAGCGCAUCAUCCUUGUGAAUAAUCAGCUAUAUGACAGUAGCAUCAACUCCUGUCAGGAGAGAAACAGUUGCCAAAUUGAAGGUUGCAAUCAAUGGAUUUGGACGCAUUGGCAGAAACUUCCUUUGGUGCUGGCAUGGCCGGAAAGACUCACCCCUUGACGUGGUUGUUGUUAAUGAUAGCGGUGGUGUAAAAAAUGCUUCACACUUGUUGAAAUGCGAUUCAAUGCUUGGAACUUUCAAAGCAGAAGUCAAAAUUGUGGAUGAUACCACCAUUAGCUUUGAUGGCAAGCCAGUCAAGGUUGUCUCUAACAGGGACCCUCUCAAGCUUCCAUGGGCUGAUCUUGGCAUUGAUAUAGUCACUGAGGGAACAAGAGUUUUCGUGGAUGGCCCUGGACCUGGGAAGCACAUUCAAGCUGGUGCUAAGAAGGUUAUCAUCACUGCUCUAGCAAAAGGUGCACCUUUUCUUUUGUGUGACAUAUGCUACAAUGCCAAAGGAACUUCUUUUUCGAAGGUGGUGGCUGCUCAGCUUACUCCUAAGACAGUAGCAUCAACUCCAGUCAGGAGAGAAACGGUUGCCAAAUUGAAGGUUGCAAUCAAUGGAUUUGGAUGCAUUGGCAGGAACUUCCUUCGGUGCUGGUAUGGCCGGAAAGACUCACCCCUUGAUGUGGUUGUUGUUAAUGACAGUGGUGGUGUCAAGAAUGCUUCACAUUUGUUGAAAUACGAUUCAAUGCUUGGAACUUUCAAAGCAGAAGUCAAAAUUGUGGAUGAUACAACCAUUAGUGUUGACCGCAAGCCAAUUAAGGUUGUCUCUAACAGGGAUCCUCUCAAGCUUCCGUGGGCUAAUCAUGGCAUUGACAUUGUCAUUGAGGGAACAGGAGUUUUUGUGGAUGGCCCUAGAGCUGGGAAGCACAUUCAAGCUGGUGCUAAGAAAGUUAUCAUCACUGCUCCACCAAAAGGUGCAGACGUUCCAACUUAUGUUGUUGGAGUCAACGAAGGUGACUACUCUCAUGAGGUCUCAAACAUCAUAAGUAAUGCCUCUUGCACCACAAAUUGUUCGGCCUCUUUUGUGAAAGUCAUGGAUGAAGAAUUGGGUUUGAAACUGAUGUGCAAGAAUUGUCAUGGGACAAUGACAACCACCCAUUCAUAUACUGGAGAUCAGAGACUCUUGGACCCUUCAUACCGUGACUUAAGGAGAUCUAGGGCUGCAGCAUUGAACAUAGUCCCAACAAGUACCGGUGCAGUCAAGGCCAUCUCUCUUGUGCUACCACAGCUCAAGGGCAAGCUCAAUCGUAUUGCACUCCGUGUGCCAACUCCAAAUGUUUCAGUUAUUGACCUUGUUGUGAAUGUUGAGAAGAAGGGGAUUACAGCUGAGGAUGUCAAUGUUGCAUUUAGAAAGGCAACUGAGGGACCAUUGAAGGGCAUAUUGGCCGUCUGUGAUGUUCCUCUCGUGUCAGUGGACGUCAGAUGUAGCGAUGUUUCUUCUACCAUUGACUCUUCACUAACCAUGGUUAUGGGAGAUGACAUGGUUAAGGUGGUGGCCUGGUAUGACAAUGAAUGGGGAUACAGCCAAAGGGUUGUUGAUUUGGCACAUCUUGUGGCAAGCAAGUGGCCUGGAAUGCCUACUACAGGAAGUGGUGAUCCCUUGGAGGACUUCUACGAGACAAACCCUGCUGAUGAAGAAUGCAAAGUUUAUGAAGCUUAGAUCAUUCCAGUUUUCAUGUCACUAUGUCAAGAUGAAUGCUAUAAUGACCAGGUUUUCGCAGAUGCUUAUUUUGUAAUGACAGUUGAUUCAUCAUGAACAGAAUAAUCUUUUGAAAUAGCCAAUGCAAUUAAUGAGAUUGCUUCUA